GGUGUCUACCUGAAACUCACUUUUUAGUUUUCCUUGAUCCAAAUUGCACGAGUGGCGAGUAAAGCUUGCCGCACAACGACAUCUAAAGGCAUAGGCCUGCCCAACCGGGAGGAGCAGCGCAAACCACGGACGCGAUAUAUUCUAACCCCUGCAGGCCCUUCCCUUACCACAAAUCCCGAAUCGUGGACCCCCUCAAGGUAUCUCAGUAGCUUAUAGCUGAAAGUGUCUUGACGAGGCGAGAAGCCCUACCAAUCUAACGCAAGAAAUCUAAACAGACGUCAACUUAUCUGAACCUUCUUCACAAACAUGCUCUACCUGGUACUUCAAGCCCCUGUGCAUCCGCUCCAAACAUCCCGCCUUACAAUUCUACUACCAACACUUCCAACACUACCAUCAAACUGCCAGUACAAUGCUGGAUCAAGGAUCUGUGGAUAUCAAUACCGAUUGCUAUCCGGUGUCCUAACCAGAGCGGCCUUCAGUAGUGGUAACCAAGUAUAAGAGCAAAGAUGUUUACGUACUGCAUAGAGAUACAUUAGACGCUGUUUCGCCAAUCUAUUCUUUAAACAAUUUUUGUUUCUUACUUCAAAUCCCACUGGAUAAUAUGGCACCUAGGCCAAUAGACACACAGUAGUUUGUUUCCAGGCCAUAUGAGAUUUGGAAGCGAGCGAGGGCAUUUUCGUGGCUCUGCUGGGGAAUUUGUUUGUCCUGGAACUCCUAUUACCUCCACGAGCGAGGAUAGCAUGAUGACGAAAUUGAGGUCUUUUGAAGAUAUUAAAUGUAAAUUCCACGGCCUUUUGGUUCUGGGAGGUGAAGCUCCCUAUGGAGCAGAACCAACCAUAAGGUCGUAUUACAUCGCCAUCAAACUCCAACACCAACCAACACCAUGCAAACCUGAUCUAUUUCAAGUUCACGCAGAGUCCUCAGCACUGAAACCUUCUCCAAACUUCAGGUAUUCUGUCCUACCUUCAAUUAGUACCCUGACUAUCUAACCCAUACCAUCAGAGCAUUAUGGCAAAAAUAUUUUAUCCAUACAAUAGCGUACCGGAAUACUAUCCUGGAAAGAAGGAGACGCUUACCAACAUUGUUGACUUCACGGCCCGUAGAUCUCCGCAAGCUCUCUACGCCGAGUAUCUCAUCUCACCAACCUCAUAUGAAGUUGGUUAUCACAAGAUAAACUAUGAGACUUUGGCAAAUGCUGUCAAUGGAUUUGCUUGGUAUCUUCAUGGUACUCUAGGGCCUGGCGAGAACUUCCCAACUCUGGCAUAUAUUGGCCCCAAUGAUAUGAGAUACAAUGCAUUUGUCUCGGGUGCCGUGAAAGCAGGGUAUAAGGUACGUAUCGGUUUAUGUAGCAAUGCCUCAACCAAUUUCAAUUUUGCAAGGAUGACCGUAAUUGACAACUGGAAAAAGAUGUUCUACUCCUCUCCUCGCAACAGCGUCACAGCUCAUGCCCACCUCCUUGACGCCGUUGCCUGUAAAACCAUCUUGGUUCCAGACCCACAACCCCCAAUGAUCCCCUCGAUUCUGGCCGUAUUUCCAAUGAAGGUCAUAAAAGCACCCACCAUCGAUGAACUGAUCAAUAAAACCUAUCCGCAAUAUUUAUAUGAAAAGUCCUUUGAGCAGGCCAAAUUUGAUCCCUUGAUUGUUUUUCACACCUCGGGGUCAACCGGCGUUCCAAAACCGGUAACAUGGAAUCAUGACUACGCAGCUUCUUAUUUCACUAUGAUCCAACUUGACCCUCCAUCUGGAUACGAGAGUAAUGACAGACUUGUUCAAGCCAAUAGAGUGUUUUUAUGCUCCCUCCAUUUCAUGCAAGUCUUCCCUAAUCGUCUAAUUAGCUUUCAUUUGCUUACUUCCCUUAAGGGUGCAAAUCAUUUGAUUACACUCUGCGCUGCUAUAGCGACCAGAACUGCUUGGAUUUACCCAUUGGCAUCGGCCAUUCCUUCGGUGAAGGUUUUGGCGGAUGGUCUCAGGCAGACCACUGCGGAUGCUGCCCUCAUCGCCCCGCCAACUGCCGUGGAUCUCGCUAAAGAUCCAGAAUUGCUUGAAUUCGUUUCUUCUCGCCUGGACACGAUGAUUUUCGCCGGGGGUGAUUUGCCUCAACCUUUUGGGGAAGCCAUAUCAAAAAAGAUGAGGCUCGUGGAUGUAUAUGGAGCCUCCGAGGUUGGAAAUCUGCCUUCCCUCCGUCCUGUAGGCGACUACAUUCGUGGGGAUUGGCACUACACCCAUUUUCAUCCAGACAUUGGGUUGGAAUUCCGCCAUUUAAGCGAUAAUCUUUACGAGAUGUGGGUGGUGCGCGACCAAGCUAUUGAGGAACAACAGCCGAUCUUUAAACUAUUCCCACAAUUAACUGAGUAUUCCACCUGUGAUAUUUACUCACCUCAUCCGACAAAACAAAACCUUUGGGCUUAUGGUGGUAGAAGUGACGAUAUCAUAGUAUUCCUUACUGGCGAGAAGACGAACCCUACUACUAUGGAGCACACUAUUACCAGUCACUCAGAAGUUAAAUCCGUUCUAGUCACCGGAGCACAAAAGUUCCAAGCCGCCUUGCUCAUUGAGUUGAUCGACGAAAAAGAGCUUGGGCAUUCAGAGCGUGCAGCAGUUAUCGAGAGAAUCUGGCCAAAGGUUCAAGAAGCAAACCAGCAUUGCCCUACUCACGCAAAAAUUGCGAAGACACAUAUACUUUUUGCUGGAUCCAAAGAGACCAAUGGGAAGAGCUGGCAAAAGCACGGUAUGUAAAGUUAUGUUCAAUGCUUGCUGAUGAAACGGAGUUAAUUGCUCUUAAUCACGUCCGGAGUAUUUCACAUCAUCCACAGUUCUCUGCUAAUUCUUUCCAGAUCCAACGGCCUUUAACGGUCGCCAUGUACGCUUCGGAACUCGAAUCCUUAUAUGCCGAUGCCGAAAAGUUGAAGCCGUUGUCGAUGAACCCCGAUGUGAAACCAACAGAGGGCCCAUUAUCGCUUGAUAGUGUCAGUGCUGUCCUGCAAAAUCUGGUAAAAUCGCAGACAGGGUGGGAAAAGAUUAGCCAUGUAGACAAUUUCUAUGUUGUAGGCAUGGAUUCCUUGCAAACUCUACUUCUCACGAGAGACAUGAAACAAGUCUUUCAACUUCCCGAUAUUGCACCAAGCACUGUAUACACCAACCCAUCUAUUGAGCAACUUUCUCAAGCUAUUUUGAAUAUCUCUCAACAGAUUAAAUAAUCCGAGGAGGAGGCCGAGAGGAAUCGAAAGCUUGCUAUUAGCAAAUUUCUUCAACUGAAAAUUAGUUUUGUCGACGAAAUAGCAGCUUCAAACACAUCAAGUACAUCGCAUUCAGGAGCUAGCAAUGGGCAAAUCGUCAUACUCACUGGAUCCACCGGAAGCUUAGGAUCAUAUCUGCUGCUCGCGCUCCUCAAUAAUCCCUCUGUCUCUCAUAUACACUGCCUCAACAGGAGCCUAGAUUCUUAUCAGUUGCAAGUCGAGCGUAAUGAAUCUCGCGGGCUACAAACCUUCACCAAUUUCUCCCCUGGCAGAGUAUCUUUCCACACAAUCAAUUCCGCACAAGAAAAUUUCGGCUUGGACACCGAGAUCUAUAGCCAACUACUUAAGACAACUACUAAGAUUAUCCUCAAUGGCUGGUCUGUCAACUUCAACGUUCCUCUUUCCUCGUUCGAACAGCAAAUUGACAGCGUGAUUAACUUCGUCAAAUUCUCCAAUCAGUCUUCCACUCGUCCAACAAUAUUCUUCAUCUCUUCCAUAAGUUCAGUACGAGGCAUCUCCAAUCCCGAGAGCAAAAUACCAGAGAGAGUCAUCAAUGAUGAUGAUCACUCGGCACCUACAAAGAUGGGUUACGGCGAGAGCAAAUACAUUGCCAACAGACUCCUCGACUAUGCAGUUGAGAAGUUGCACAUCGAUCUCGCAUUGCUCGGGUUGGACAAAUCGCUGGUCCGGCUAUCAUGCCAGGCCAGUGGAACAAACGUGAGUGGUUCCCCAGUCUUGUAAUUAGUUCCAGGUAUAUUGGUGCUUUGCCUGACUCUCUUGGCAGCGAGUUCAAUAUUGUGGAUUGGUUGCCUAUUGACUUUCUCGCGGAUAUCAUUGUGGAUCUGACGCUCGAAAUGCUCCGGGUAUUGAAGGAAAAGCGAGUGUUUUCCACCCACAUAAUCCUAACACGACCACGUGGAAAAGGAUCAUUCCUGAAAUCAUGAAGAAUACGGGUCCGCUUGAACUUGUGCCAUUGAAAGAGUGGCUGAAAAGGGUCGCUGAAAAUGCUACAAGGGGUGGAUUGGAGGUUGAGAAAACUGUACAGCUCAAUCCUGCGGUGAAGUUACUUGAUACCUACGAGAGCUUCUCGGAUCAGGUAAAUCUUCCUGAGUUUGAGAUGGAGAAGACUCUUGAGAGUAGCGAGAAGUUGAGAGGUGCCGAACCGAUCAAGCCAGAGUGGAUUGAAAAGUGGUGUAAGGGGUGUUUGGUAUAG